CUUAUUAUUUGAUGUGCUGCUCAUUGGACUGGUAUAGGAGAUGGUGACACUAUCCCUCCUCUUCCAAUAGUAUGAGAGGGAGAUGAAAGAACUGGUUCGGCUACUGACACAUUCUGUGAUUGAUAGGUUGAAAACUCAGUGAAUUUAAGUGAAUUAAAUUUAAGCAACUUAAAAAAAUUUGUAAAAAAUUUAGCUGUAUAUAUAAAAAAUAUCUGUAUGUAUGAGACAUACUGCCCACUGUGCCCAGCCUCUACACGUGGUACUGCAUGGUGAUUACAAGCUCACGUGGGCGUUGGUCUUGACACUAACCUGCAGCUAGCAGACACCAACACUCUCUGAAUCAAAGGACCUCUGUAAGACUAGGAAAUGCCGAGGUCCUGAAAACAUCGUACAAGAAAGUUGAAAGCCAGAGAGAAGCUGUAUGAAGUUGAAAAGAUUAUUGAAAUGAAGAUAGAGGUGGGAAAGAAAUUUUAUUUCUUAAAAUGGAAGGACUACUCGCCUACCUACAAUACUUGGGAGCCUGAGGAAAACGUAAUAUGCCCACAAGAAACAUUAGAUAAUGUCGAAAAGGAAUACUUUAAAAAAAGAAAAGCACCUCCAGAGCCACCUUUAAAGAAAUCAAAGACUCAUACGACUGCUAAUACGGAGCAUGAUGAUUCAGGUACUCUCGGCUCCACUCAUUCCCUCUCUUCCAAUAAUGGGGAGGACGAAGAAUUAGAUGCAACCGUACAGAUUGAAGAACCAGGUCCAGAAGCUGAAGAAAUAUUAGAAAUAUUAGAAGUGGAGGAGCUUCCCAACCUCCUAAAAUACAUGUACCUGUGGGUUAGGGGAACCCAGGAGAACUUGAUAUGCCCACCAGACAUAUUAAAAAGGGUUGAGAAGGAAUACUCUAAGAAACGAAAAGCUCCUCCAGUGAAUUCAUCUCCAGUUGUGAGCCAGUCACCUUUAAACAAAUUGAAGACCAAUACGACUCCUACCAGUAAUCUGUCAAAGAUACCUCCAAACUCAGUUUAUGCUGAGCUGCUAGUAACUCGUCAAACCGGUUUAAAAUACGAGUUAGUCAGUGUGAACUAUGAAGGUGAAGUGGUUUAUUCAACAUGCCAGUCAGUACAUUCCAGAACCUGAUGGUCCUAUCAGCUGUACCACCACCUGAGGCUAAUAGUUCAUG